AUGGAUUCCCACUCCAGCGAAGUAGCCAUCGACUUCUCACCGCGUCUGAAAAUCUACAAAGACGGUCGCGUCCACAGAUUGUUGGGCUGCGAUGUCGUUCCGCCGUCUCAUGACCCUGCAACAAACGUCGAAUCCAAAGACGUCGUUAUCUCAAAAGACGACGACGUAUCAGCCAGAAUCUUCCUUCCCAAUCUCACCGAUCCUAACCAAACGCAGAAGCUCCCUCUCCUCGUCUACUUCCACGGCGGCGCUUUCUGCAUACACACCCCCUAUUCACCUCCUUUCCACAACUUUCUCAACUCAAUCGUUUCCAAGGCCCACAUCGUUGGUGUCUCCGUUCACUACAGAAGAGCCCCAGAGCACCCCGUUCCGAUCGCCCACGAAGAUUCCUGGACUUCGCUCAAAUGGGUCGCCUCCCAUUUCAACGGAAACGGCCCCGAGGACUGGCUCAACCGCCACGCUGAUUUCAAAAACGUGAUUUUAGCCGGGGAUAGUGCGGGAGCAAACAUCGCACACCACAUGGCUAUUCGGGUCGGGACCCUGGGGCUUCCGGGUUUCAACCUCCAAGGGAUUGCUUUGGUGCAUCCUUUCUUUUGGGGCGUGGAGCGAAUUGGUUGUGAGGCCCGAACUCCGGAACAGCAUGCCAUGGGGGAUGUUGUGUGGCGCUUCGUUUGCCCAACCUCGACCGGAUCUGACGACCCGUUGGUGAACCCGGCUAAAGACCCGAAUCUGGGGAAGCUGGCUUGCAAGAGAGUGUUGGUUUGUGUUGCUGAGAACGAUUGGUUGAAGGAUAGGGGCUGGUAUUACAAGGAGUUGCUAGAGAAGAGUGAGUGGCAGGGUGUUGUGGAUGUGAUAGAGUCCAAAGGAGAAGGCCACGUGUUUCAUUUGUUCAAUCCAGAUUCUGAUAACGCUGUCACCUUGCUCCAUCGAAUUGCUUCCUUCAUCAACCACAGUUGA